CUCGUUUCUCCAGCUGUCCUCCGUCAAACACUGAACAAAGAGCGUCUCCGUCGCUCUGCUGCUUCCCCAGCUGUUGCGUAGUGAGGGUUUGGUGCAUGGGAAGAGAGAGAGGGACGUUUCUGUUCCGCCCACACAAAACACAACAGACACUCCCAACAGGCGGCAGACGAGCCGGCUCUCCCUGUCCAUCCACCGCAGCGAGGCUGUGCAGCACAUCCUACAGGGACAGUGCUCUAAUACUGGUCUGAAGGAGCAUCGAGUCUUUCACGGAAUAUAUGCAAACUACAGAAGCAAACUGGGAACCUGGAGCAACCAUCUACUUCCACAAGAGCUUAUCAUCAGUAUCAGUUGCGAAAUAGUGGAAGGUUCCAGGGAGACAUUUCAUUAGGAGUCGUUUCGAUCCUCAGCGUGGUCCCCCAGUUCAGCUUGACCAUGGUUCUGUGUGAGGACGGCGAGUGCAGCGUCUGCCUCUUGCCCUACUCGAGGAUGGACCGGAUCCCCCGGGUGCUCCACUGCAGGCACACCUUCUGCGACCCGUGCCUGGAGACGAUGUCGCAGGCCAGGAGCGGGCUGCUGACCGUGGGCUGCCCUCUGUGUCGCCGGGUGACCUGCGUAGGCCGCGGCCUCAGCCUGCAGGAAGCUCUGUGGGUCAACAGCAGGCUGUGGGAGCAGAUACCGGAGGACGUGGACGCAGAGGCCCAGGAGGAGGAGGAGGAGGAGGAGGAGGGCAGACUGAAACAGGAAGCUGAGGGGGAGAGGACAGAGGCCAAACAGCAACCCUCGUUACAAGCAGAGUGCGCUUCCUUGCCGUCCCCCAGAACAAAGCUCAAAUUACCCGCAUUCUUCCGAAAGUUCAGUUUGACGAAGCAACACCAGGAGAGGAUCGUGCCUGGCAGCAACGUGGAAAUGAAAUCCUGGCGCAGGCUUUCAACUGAAGAGACAUUUUGAAAAAGAAGAGAUGGACCAAGAAUGAUGCGACAUGUUGCAGUUCUCAGGAUAUUAGAUGCUUCUUGAAGACUUGACACAAGCUUGUCAGGUGGAAGCAAAGUUGGGGCCGUUAGGACCAAGACUCCAUUUGUGCUCCUGUCAAGACAUUGUUUUGUCCUCAGCCAAAGGUGGCCCGUCGCCCCAUUAUUUAUUCUAGGCUUAAUUCCCCCAGCUGGUGAUGUGGGAUUUGGUUCAGCUGUCCCAGUGGGGCUAACACCCCAAGACCUCCUCACAACAGAUGGUCUCCUGAGGACGUUCCCUUUUACAUAUCCACUGCUGGACACUGAAUAUAACCUACUGUUUUCUUUAUUUAUGAUAGCAAGU